CCCCGUCUCGACCUCCUCCGUCUCUCCCGCGCGCACACGUCUAGCGGCACCGUGGCACUCGGUACCAUUCGAUAGCUGCGACGAUGGACUUAGUGCUCCUCCGCGGUAAUUCGCCCACGCCCACACCAGAUUGCGCGCGGCGGACUGCGUCCAUGCACGAAAUAUGCACGUCCAUGCUGUCCGGAUGCGCCGGCGAUGGCGCUCGCGAGGCUGCGACGAACUGGCAUCGGCAUACGCCGCUCGGCCGCCCGUCCCUCAUGCACAAGUGCCAACCGUAAACCUCUACGGACACGUCCCACAAGCUGCGGAUGCGCUCGUCGCACCCAGAGCAACACGCCGCUACGUGCGCUAAGCCGCCGCCGGCGUCCUCCGCGCGCCAUGUCUUGCGGACGUUGGCACUCUACGUACUCACUCUACCGUCUCCAGC